UGGUGAAUGAAGAUGAUGAGUUUACCAAUCCAUUUAAUAAUCCAUUAACUGAUGAUAAUAAUCAGCAAGCAUUGGUCCAUCAUGUUGAAGAAUUCAUUAUUGCAAUUGAUGAACCACUUGUAACUGAAGAUACUCUUAAUGACAUAGAAAUUGUUGAAAUGGUUUUAGAAGAUGCACAAAUUGAAGCUG